AUGGUCAUCAGAGAGGAGCUGAGAAGAUGUCGCUUCUGGCGAUUGGUACUGGCAGAAACUCUGGGAACGUUCAUGUUGGUGACUGUGGUGCUGGGCUCCUCCUGCCUUGGCUUGCGAGUAUCUCGAUCAGAUUCCCUCCUUCCAGCACUGGCUGCAGGAUUUACAGUCGUGAGUCUGGUGCAGUGUUUUGGGGAGAUAAGUGGCGCCCAGUUAAAUCCAGCUAUUACAUCUGCCCUGGUAUGUGCACGGAAGCUGGACUUGCUCCAUGGAAUGGCUUUUGCUGUGGCCCAGUGUGUUGGUGCUACAUGUGCAUCUGCUCUUUUCUACGUGUGUAUGCCGGAGUCUGUCUGCAAUCAGCUGGUCACUAGAGUGAGCAGUGAAGGGAAUGCUGGACAAGCUUUGGCCAUGGAAGUUUUUGCUACAUUUCAACUUGCUUUCACAAUCUUUGCUGUGGACGAUCGCCGGCGGAGAGAUUUAACAGAACCAGGAAGUCUCGCCAUUGGCUUCUCUGUCACUGCUGGGGCUUUGACAGCUGGUCAGGUAUCAGGAGGCAGUAUGAAUCCAGCAAGAUCCCUGGGCCCAGCACUGGUCACUGGCAUUUGGGAGCAUCACUGGGCAAGUCUAAAACAAAACAAAUUUCUUUUAACAUUGGUGAGAAUGCACUGGAGAAAGAAGUUAGUGAACUGA